AUGGGGAGUACAUACAUUCAGCGAUUCAACCGGUACGCGAUCGAAAGCUCCAACGCUGACAACGAAGGGAUCGAAUGGAGGCGCCGCCAGCAAAGAGAAUGGACCCGUUUGAGCACCACCUUAGCGCUGCUUGCCACUUUGAUGGCAGCUAUCCUAGCCCUGACUCCAGAGCCCCCUGCUCUGGCGACCGCACUGUGGCUCAGCGGUUCAGUGGUCGCAGUCGUUGGCCUCUUUGUAGCCAACUAUUUAUCUGUCAAGGCGUUGGAUAUAUCUAACGACGAAAUGAAGAUUCUGGUCCAGAAGAAAAGAUUCUCUGGCGCACAUCUUGUCCCGAUAGCCAUUACCUGUCCACCUGUAGCCACGUACUGGUCGAGUUUACUGUUCACCAUCGGAAUGUUUGAUUACACCAUUAGAUUUCCCUUUCCUACUCGGACGCAUCUUGCUAUUGCCCUAGUGCCUAUGAUAGUUGGCGUUAUGAGUGUAAUCGCAACAAUGCUGUUGGGUGAGGUUUUAACUCGGGAUAUUGACCGAAGCCGCAAAAGAGCUUCUACUACCGAUAAUUCCGGUGCGUGA